AGGGAAGCCGUAACAAUGGCCAAGGGGCUACUUCCACUGUGUGUGUAUGUAUUUUUUCGCGUCAUAGAGGACGAAGCCCCAAAAGAGUUUUAUAAUCCGAGGGCCAAUUCGCGCCAGUCCCCAUUCAGAAUGGUCGAGAGCAUCAUCGAAGUGUUUUUCGACACUGUGUUUGCUGACCUUGAAAGGGAUGGCCUGGCCAAAAGAUAUAAACGCCGGUGCAUCGCCGACUACCUGAGUACAAUUAUAAGCGCAAGCGAGGGCAGCAAAUGCGAGGACAACUGCGCUCUGGCGGUGACGUCAGCCGUCAGGGUGCACUCGAUCGCCAAGGCGGACAACGGCCAAAUUUGCCCGCUAGGCAAGCACCACAACGUACUUUACGUGGCGGCAAAGCUCAGUUUCGACUGGCGACUCUCCGACAGCCAAGUCAUCGCCGCCAUGCUCAAACAGAUUUUCGAUUGCGAGAAAACCUUCGAGAGGAUCGUCAUUGCAGCCAUUUUAGGGCCUUUGGUCACCAGGCUACUAUCUGGCUGGCAAGCUGACUACCAGGACGAACAGGAGAGCCUCAACGCAUUAGACUACUACCUACAGCACGCCACAACUGAACGUCAGACCUACAAAAUCUCAGGUUGCAACCUCCGCAUGGUAGACGUGCCGAUGCCCGCUUACCACGAUGCCCUUCCGGCUCACCUGGCGUGCGUGAUGGACCGGCCGACGGCCCUUUUGCUCCUCCUGAGACACGGAGCCCGCUUGGGCCCUGGCGAGCACGGCGUCUGGACCCAGGGCGCCUCGCCGGUUGCCCUUGUGCAGCAACUCUUGCGGCUGCACGAAAUUAUGCAGAGUGGAGGAUCGGUGCCCAGUGCCGCGAUAGACUGCCUACGGCUCAUCAUGAGGGCCCUGCCGCACGCUGCUCUGGGCGACGAGCGGCUCAGGGAAACUGCGGAAAUCGUGCUGCCAAAAACGAGAUGGGCGGAACCACCUGAGCUGAAGCACAUCGCCAGGUGUGCCGUCAGGAGGGAACUGGGCAGGGGGUGGAGCUUGCCCGACGGAAUAGAGAAACUCAAUGUUCCAUCCACUCUGAAGCCUUACUUGGAUCUCAUGGAAGACUGAAUUUUAUAAGCUUCCGCGAUUUGCAAAAAAAAAAUGUAUUCUAAUUUAAUGAGAUGCCACAACUAGUCAUACGCAAGAGACACGAAUUUUAAAAUUAUAGAGCAAUAAAUUGAUCAACAAACUCCA